UGCAGUGUGUACAUAGUUGUUAAGCUGCCUCAAACUCAUUUUAGGAGGAAGCUAUUAUAAAUAAAAUCAACAUAAUAGCCUGGGUGUUAGUUAAGGAAGGCUUCACAAAAAUUUCAUGAGAGUUGGACAUUGAGGGAUGAAGAUAAGCCCUUGGUGGCCUUUGGGGUAAAGGAUUCCAGCCAGAGGAAGCCCCAUGUCCAGAGGCAUGAGAACACAACAAGUUCAAGGGCAUGAAGGAUAGCUAACAGCCAGGAGAAACACAGUGGAAAAUGCAAAACAACGAAAUCAUAAAACCUGCCAAAUACUUCUCAGAAUUGGAAAAGAGCAUCCUGCUGGCGUUAGUAGAAAAGUACAAGUAUGUGCUGGAAUGUAAGAAAAGUGAUGCGCGAACUAUUGCCCUCAAGCAGCGCACCUGGCAGGCGCUUGCCCACGAGUACAACUCCCAGCCCAGCGUGUCGCUGCGGGAUUUCAAACAGCUGAAGAAGUGCUGGGAGAACAUCAAGGCUCGGACCAAAAAGAUUAUGGCCCACGAGAGGAGAGAGAAAGUGAAGCGCAGCGUCAGCCCGCUUCUGAGCACCCACGUCCUGGGAAAGGAGAAGAUUGCCAGCAUGCUGCCUGAGCAACUGUACUUCCUGCAGAGCCCUCCCGAGGAGGAGCCCGAGUACCACGCUGAGGCCGCUGCCCAAGAAUCAUUUGCUGUUUCAAAUAGAGAACUGUGCGAUGAUGAGAAAGAGUUCAUACAUUUUCCAGUAUGUGAGGGGACCUCUCAACCUGAACCCUCGUGUUCAGCUGUCAGAAUAACAGCCAAUAAAAACUACAGGAGCAAAACCUCUCAGGAAGGUGCUUUAAAAAAGAUGCAUGAGGAAGAACACCAUCAACAAAUGUCCAUCUUACAACUGCAGCUGAUACAAAUGAAUGAGGUGCAUGUGGCCAAAAUCCAGCAGAUAGAGCGAGAGUGUGAGAUGGCAGAGGAGGAACACAGGAUAAAAAUGGAAGUUCUCAAUAAAAAGAAGAUGUAUUGGGAAAGAAAACUGCAAACUUUUACCAAGGAGUGGCCUGUUUCCUCAUUUAACCGGCCCUUUCCCAAUUCACCCUAAAAGACUGUGGGGGUGGCCCCCUUGUAAUUAAUCUGUGCUGGCAAAGAAAGUCUGGAACACGAACUUGCGGUCAGUAACCUGUAACAGAGCUACGAACUAGGAAAAUUAGAGUGGUAGUAGUCACUUAAGAAUACAUUCAGGUAAACAGCUGCACCCUGUGUACCCCUUCAGUGGUAAAGAAGCUGUUAGAGUCUUCUGAAAAUUAUCACUUUGAGUGCUAUCCUUCUGAAUGUAAUGUCUUUUAAUUAGAAUUCAUACAAGAACCAUGUGUGAGUGUUGUUGUUGUAUUUUUUUAAUCAAAUGCAAGUGUGACUAUAAAGGGAGUGUGGCUGGGUUUUGUGGGUCUUUUUUUUUUAAACAGCAGACCUUUUCUAUCCAAAUGAAUGCCCUCCCAUUGAAAGCGGCUGUCUUGGGAGGAUACACGUUUCUCCAGCGGUGAUGCUGUUGCUCAGAGUUUGCUAGAGGUCUUUCGGGAACCUCCACAAGAGCUACAGCACACUUUUCAGUUUUUCUGUGUCAUCUUCUGAGUGUGGAUUUUCCGUUUUUAAACAGCCCGACAUAUGGAAGGUUAUUUUCUAAUGUGGCUCAUAGACUGCUUUUUUUCCCCCUUUACUCAAAGAAGAGUUCCAGAUAAUGUCUCCAACAAUGGUAGCUUUGUUGGAACCAAGGAUGUGAUUACUUUGAGAGAGAAAUGUUCGUUUAGAGUUCUACAUUCUGUCAUGCUUAUUUCUUAUUUUAUUAAAAGACAAGACUUGCAA